UCCUUCCUCCUCCCUCGCUCCUCCGACCUCUACUAAUAAAGAAGAGAGAAGACAAACGCCGGCCGAGCCGAAGACUCCCCACCCCCUCUCUCCUCACUCCUUCCACCUCACACUCUCUCUCUCUCUCCCUCUUGGCGCGCGCGCGCGCGAGUGGCGCCAGGAGCUUCGGCUUCCGCUCCGCCGACGGCGGGUGGGGCCCCGGGCGCGCGGAGGAGGCGGUUUGGUCCGGUAUCCAUGGCGGGGCAGCAGCCGCCGACCGGAGGAGCCGAGGACGACUUCUUCGAGCACUUCUUCAGCAUCCCCUCGGCGGCCGGAGGAGGAGGAGGAGGAGGCGGCGGCGGCGGCGGCGGUAUAGGGUCGGGCGACCACCCCUUCCCGCUCGCGCUCAGCCUCGACGCCGCCGCCGACGGCGCCGGCGGCGCCCGGCGCCUCCUCGACGGCCCCGACGUCGGCAGGACGGACCGGGACGGGGUGCAGCUCGCCGGCCUCUUCGCGCCGGUGUUCGGCGGCGCCGGCGGAGUCCAGCCGCCGCACCUCCGCGCCCCGCCGCCUCCCCAGGUGUUCCACGGGCAGCCCAAGCCCGGUGAGGGGGCCAUGGCUGCGCCACAGCCGCAGCAGCCACCGGCGCCACGGCCAAAGGUGCGGGCGCGCCGUGGGCAGGCCACUGAUCCCCACAGUAUUGCUGAGAGGCUAAGGAGAGAGAGAAUAGCCGAAAGGAUGAGGGCCCUGCAGGACUUGGUCCCUAACACAAACAAGACAGACAGGGCAGCUAUGUUAGAUGAAAUCCUUGAUUAUGUGAAGUUUCUUCGGCUUCAAGUAAAGGUUCUGAGUAUGAGCAGACUGGGUGGUGCUGGUGCAGUUGCGCAGCUGGUUGCUGAUAUUCCAAUCUCAGUUAAGGGGGAGGCAAGUGACAGUGGGAGCAAACAACAGAUUUGGGAAAAGUGGUCAACAGAUGGCACAGAAAAGCAGGUAGCAAAGCUGAUGGAAGAAGACAUCGGAGCAGCGAUGCAAUUCCUCCAAUCCAAAGCACUAUGCAUGAUGCCAAUCUCUCUUGCAAUGGCAAUCUAUGACACACAACAUUCGCAGGACGGCCACUCAGUGAAGCCUGAACCCAACACUCCUUCAUAGUAUAGUAACAGCAACACUAGCAUUCACACCUACUACUACUAGGCGUCGACCUAUCCAAAGUGUAGGAUAUACUGGACAUUUUGAUUUGCUAACUGGAAAAGGCCUAAGGAUCCUCUCCUCUCAAAGUAGUACCCAUGGUAUAUGAUGUCUCCUCUUUUCUUCUUUUCUUCAAAGUUGCUUUGAUUACAAAGAUAUGGUAAGCGAUGUUCUCAUGCUCCUACAUCUUUCAAUGCCUCUAUCGAGUGUGAGUGAUGGGUAGAGCUACCAAAGAGUCUGGCAUGCUCUCAUAUCGUUUCCUUUUGGGUCUGUAGUGCACUAGCCAUACACUUUGUGGUGGGGUCGGUCAGUCUUUUGGUAGUGGACGUUUGGACUAAUGAAAAGAGGCUGAUGUAUGUGUCUAAGUCUGCACAAAUGGUUGACACAAUUUAAAAGAAUGUUCAGCUGGAAGAUGAUGUUGACGGUGAAUGGUGGUGCAAUUUCUUGUCUUUUUUUUUUUCCAAAGCAGUAAUGGAUGUUUUAGUCAAUGGAGGCCAAGCGUGUAUUAAUCUGGUUGCUAGUGGGAGCGUGCUCCUUAUGUGCUUUACUUUUCUGCCUGCAAGUCAUAGUCUUGAUAAGAACCUGGCCUCUUAAAGUUUUAGCCUCUAUUGUAUUAUUGGUUCGCUCAUGAAACCAUACAUAUCAUCUGUGCUGACUUAACAUGUGUUAAGGAUUUGUACUGCCA